CGCGCGUGGGGCGGAGGUGCGUCGCCGCCAAUCCCAGACAAAGGCCGCCCCGUAAAUCAUGUGGUGCCGGGAGGAAGUCGGCUUGUUUUCUUUCCUCCCGCAGCCGGCCGGGCGGAGCGAUGCGCGGAGACCCCCGCGGGGUCUGUCGGCCCGGAUGAGGCUCGAGCCCCCGGCCGCGCCGCAGCGCCCCCGGCUCGAUGGCGGCUCCGCGCUGGGACCCACUCCGAAACGACUCGCUGCCGCCCACGCUGACCCCGGCCGUGCCCCCCUACGUGAAGCUCGGCCUUACCAGCGUCUACACUGCCUUUUAUUCGCUGCUCUUCGUGUUCAUCUACUUGCAGCUCUGGCUGGUGCUGCGCUACGGCCACAAACGACUCAGCUACCAGAGCGUCUUCCUCUUCCUCUGCCUCUUUUGGGCCUCCCUGCGGACGGUCCUCUUUUCCUUCUACUUCAGGGACUUCGUGGCGGCCAACUCUCUCAGUCCCUUCGUCUUCUGGCUGCUUUACUGCUUCCCCGUGUGCCUCCAGUUCUUCACCCUCACACUCAUGAACUUGUACUUCACGCAGGUGAUUUUCAAAGCCAAGUCAAAAUAUUCUCCAGAAUUACUCAAAUACCGGUUACCUCUCUACCUGGCCUCACUCCUCAUCAGCCUCGUGUUCCUCCUGGUGAAUCUCACCUGUGCCGUGCUGGUGAAGACGGGCAGCUGGGAGAGGAAGGCCAUCGUCUCCGUGCGCGUGGCCAUCAACGACACGCUCUUCGUGCUGUGUGCCGUUUCGCUCUCCGUCUGCCUCUACAAAAUCUCCAAGAUGUCCUUGGCCAACAUUUACUUGGAGUCCAAGGGCUCCUCCGUGUGUCAGGUGACUGCCGUCGGGGUGACCGUCAUCCUGCUGUAUACCUCCCGGGCCUGCUACAACCUGUUCACCCUGUCCUUCUCUCAGAGCAAGAACGUCCACUCCUUUGAUUACGACUGGUACAAUGUGUCAGACCAGGCGGACCUGAAGAACCAACUGGGAGAUGCCGGCUACGUCGUGUUCGGGGUUGUCCUUUUCGUGUGGGAGCUCCUGCCCACCACCUUAGUUGUCUACUUCUUCCGCGUUAGGAAUCCUGCAAGGGACCUUACCAGUCCUGGGUUGGUCCCAAGCCAUGGAUUCAGCCCCAGAUCCUACUUCUUUGACAACCCCCGAAGAUAUGACAGCGAUGAUGACCUUGCCUGGAACAUUGCCCCUCAGGGCCUUCAAGGAAGUUUUGCUGCAGACUACUACGACUGGGGACUCCAAGCGAACAGCUUCCUGGUCCCAGCAGGAACUCUGCCACCAGACUCAAGUGUGGAUCCUGACAAACCCAGCCAUGGGCAGCACCAGUGAACAGUUGCGUGGACGAUUCCUUGGGUGGAAAGCUUCAGGAAGACUAACUUAAUGACAGCUGACUCUUUAGGGCACUUUUCCUUAAGAAGUAGGACUUGAUUUUUGUUAUAGGUUUAUAAUGGCUCCAUAGGACUAAGCGAUAACUUAGAAUCUAAAUUUUAGAUUGACAAAACCUUAGUUUAGUACUAAAAAGGGAGCCUGGCUGCCUAUUUCAGUGGGUAUAAUUUAAACUUCAAAAAUUCCAUACUUUUAUAAAGAUGUAUUUUAUAUAACUUAAACAGUGCUAAAAUAUAAUAGGGGGUUUUGAGAAUGUUACUGCAAUAUGUUACAGUUUGCACAGACUUUUAUGCAUAACUCACUUUAAAAGUAAACAGUAUAUGGUCUGAGGGCUUUUUUAGGCUUUCGGACUAAAGCGUUCCUCGAAUCCUUACCUCUUCCGUCACUCGGAUCCUGACCUCUGCACUGGCAGCCUCUACGCAUGGCUCCGGUGGCGAGGGUGAGACUCUAGCAGAAUGUCAACAGGCUACGUGCGAGCUCCCCGGUUCUUCACAGUUUGUCGAGGCCCAGAUAGUCGGUCCCUCCAAGAAUCCCAAUUUUGCCAAAAGUCUGGUACUCUUCUCCGGAGGGCGCUAGGGUGUGCACUCAGAUGAUGAUGUUGCAGGUGUUGGUAGUGUUGACUUACACUCGUAAACCUCCUCCGCUACCUUCAGAGAGCGGAGCUGGCUUUCAGCUCCGUGAAGCGGAAUUACCUCAGGACUGCAGCAGGAGCGCGCCUUUCCCCCACGCACUGAACGCCCCUGCCGCUGCAGGAAUGCGGAGGGGCUCUCAAAGGGGGCCAGUAAGAAAGACCCCGGGCCCUUGAGCCAAAAGGCAGUGUGGAACCCUAACGGCGUUCCCGUAAUUUCCACCCACAUUUAAAACAACGCCCCGUAUUUUUCAGUAGCUCUGAAAGCAGCCUGCUGGAAGCGGCGUGCUUCACGCGCGAGAAGCCUGGGGCUCCCUCACGUGACUACGUAACUCCCGCCUCUGUCACGUGAGGGGCGCUUCCGGCCGGCUGCUGCUGUGUUGUCUCUCAUUGGAGAGAGACACCAGGAAAUACUGGUUCUCCAACCACAAGUGCCAUUCCAAAGCCUCACGUGUACACUUGUGUUCUGCAGUUGUAAAACUGCCCGCGAUGGGGGACCGUGGCUCUCUAGGGAGGCUGCACAGAGGUGAGGUGGGAGAGGAAGUACUGUUAGCAGAGGGACCGAUUCUGCUCUGCCCGGAGUCUCACCGCUCGGGGAGGCGAAAGGAUCUCGGUCUUGUCCGAAAGUCCUGCCUCCACAAGGAAGCCCCGUUUUGGCCUUUAGGAAUAAUUCAUCUCUGGGCACUGAUUUCACAGGCAGUGAGCCCGCUUCUCUCAUCUCGAAGGGAUUUACAGCUGGGAUCUCCCGUUUUAAACAGGCCACGACUGGGUUUUCCUGUGUGCAGAGCGUCUCUUCCCUGCGUAAGAGAAGGGAAGAGAGGCUCCUCUCCUCUCCUUUCAGGAUGUGGAAGAGCUGGGGUCACACGUCAUGUAAAACAGUUACUUCAGGGGAAGUUCUACACUGAAGCAAAAUUUGCACUGAUUAUUCAGUUCGCCCUAUGAUAGAAGUUGUUCAUCUGAAUAGCUCUACGAACACGCUGGUCAUUUGUCACCCAUCUUUGUGACUGGUGCUUAGGGGAAUUUACAGGCAGAGCCGGCAUAUGCUCGGAGCUCCUUUAAAUCAGGCUUUCAGGACGUGCUGCCGUUGUUCACAGCAGCCCAUUCAAGGGCAGAGAUAUUUUUAAAGAAUACAGUGAUUGAAAUAUCACUAAAACUAAUUAUUACAUCCGUCCUAUGUUAAAUACUUUAUUGUUCUGUUAUUACUGCCAAGAAAACUGAAAUACCCAGCAUUUACCGGUAAAAACCAUAAUCUGUUUCUGUGAUAAAGCUACUAGUAUUUAUUUGAACUAUUCUUUUUUAUUAGAAAGGAUAAAAAUGUUCUAAGUGCCCAUUUUUCUCUUCUCCCUGUUUUUAAAAAGUAACGCUAAAGCACACCUAGAGUAUUAAAACACAUCUAGAAUAUUAAAAACUAUGUAUCAAACUAUUUUUCUCUUGUAGUACAUGGUCAUAUAUAGCCUGUGAAAUGUGGCAGAUUUGGAUGGAAGGGAAAACUAAAACUUCCUUUAGUUUCUUGUGUUGCUAAGUACACUAACAAAGUGACUCUGUGGAAUAGUAAAGGCUAAGAGAAGGCAAGGAAUGGCAAUUUCUGUCCUGAAAGCACCCAAAUGUCCUCUAAGGACACGCAAGGAAAUUAAAGGUAAGAAUGUACAUGAAGAGUCAGUAUCCCUGCACAUUUUUUACCAUCGUCACCCAUCUCAGCCUGAUUCCGCACCAAACGGCCACCUGUCAGGUUUCUGAGCGGCUGUUGGAAUUCUGCGGAACAGCCAACUGCAGAGUGGAUUCCUGAGAGUUCCACCGACUUGUGUGCAUCUUCAUCGGCCCUUUCUCAUUUUUACAAUUAACCCAUUUAAUUGAGCCGAUGAUUAAAAUGUCCAGAGUGUUACACACAGAGCUGUGGACUCCUUAAUUUUGUCUUACAGUAUACACAGCAGUCGCCGGACACUUCCCACUUGGGCGUGUCAGGCAUGUGGUUAACUGCAAGUUACCAUGUUCGGCUGCAAAGAUCAGGCAGUCUCUGGUCCACUCCCAGAUUGUUUUACCAAAACCCCCAAGAGUGCUUUCUGUGGCCUUGAACGCUCAACCCCUAUAGAGAGGAGAGGACUAGGCAUUAGUGCACCCAAGAGUGAGAAGUGCUUUGAGAAAAGGGUUCUCACUUAUAGUUAACUGAUGGAUAUCUCUAGAAUAUUGCUUUUAUUUUUGACAGUGAAGGUGAAUUUACGUUAGAAAUAAAUGGGUCUAAGUAUUUGAAACUUUGUAUCAAAAUUUCCAACGGAAGAGACUUAGUUACAAAACACCUUCCCCUUUAGAUUGCGGCAUGAUAGAAGGUAGACUAGCAGGUCUGAUGGAAAACACAGCUAACGUGCAUUUCCAUCUUCCACUCCACACGAGGGAGAAUUUUAUUCAUCAAGGACAUUUCCGACUGUGCAUACUGCUACCUCAGACUUCUCACAGUCCACAGGGAGGAACUGUUUGUUAGAAAGCCUCAGGCAAACAGUGGAAUUCUCAUCAAAGACCAUCAAUGAGCUGAUUGAAGUGAGAAAACAUUUAUUUAGAAAGGGACACUGAGGACGAGGGAGUGGGAUUUAGUCAGUGUCAACCAAGUGCCUAUUAUGUGAUGGACGCUGGGCUUUGUACUUGCCAUGUGUGCUGGGCCCAGUCUGUAAACUCAGCAACACCCUGAGGGCAGCCCUCCUCUUGGCCCUUAGCAGGGAUGUAGGAAGAGCCCUUGCACCAAAGGGUCCAAAUACCUUGAAGUUGGCUAGUGAUGUCCCCGUGCUCCCAACUGUGUCUCUGUUGAUUUCUCAUACCUGUCUUCGGCUCCUCUGGGCCUGGGCACUGAUGGCGUCCAUCCAGUAUGGGGUUCUGAGACUUGCUGCCCAGGUCAUCAAGUCGGGGUUCAGAGUCCUCAGAUCCAAAUCCAGAGACUCAGCAAACCCUAAGGGUGUCUGCCCAGUUCCUCCAAAGCUGGACUCCUUGCUCUGUGGCCGGUGCCUGUCCUUUGCUUUUCUGGAAAUAAUUACACCUUGCCAAUGUUAAUUCUGUAGCCUGCAGACCUGGCUUGCCCUUUGGACCUUGGCUGCCCUACCACUCAGACAGAACAUUAGACUCUGUCUCUGGGACAGAUAUUCUGCCCCUGAACUUGAGUGUGGUCAGAAAAGGAGCUCAGAGGGCUGCUGUCUUCAGCUAGAUCUGUGGCCUUACUUGGCUCUGAGCCUCAAUUCCCCAGGAACCUGGUUCCCCUACAACAGCGCCUCCAUCUCUUCACAGUUCCAAAUCAAGGUGGUCCUGGAGACCAUUAACUGAGGUAUGAAAGGGUAUAUUUAGGAUAAACAAACUGUUUGACCAGGGCCAUUCUAUUGAUGUCACCAAGUACUCUCGGUGAGUUCACUGGCCCAGGGUCUGGGCAUCAGGUUUGCAGACUUAAGACCUUUCCCAAUCGAAUGGGGAAGCAGCACACUUGCCCAUUUGGGGGAAUAUGCGGUGAAGGAAAUCCAUGUGGAAAGUUAAAUUAUAUCAGAAGGUGAAUGCUCACUUUGCACUGACCAGGGGCAUUAAGUGGACAAUUUCAGUCAGUCUGCAACACCUGGAUGGUACCAUCAAGCAGACAAUAAGAGCCAUUCCCACGGAGGGCACCUCUCCCCUGGACCUGCUUCUGCGGGAGCUGUUCCUCCUCAGUCGAUAGACUCUUCUCUGAGUACGUCUCUCUGAACUAGAUGGGACCUAGUCAGGCUGCAGAAUUCCCAAGUUCCACGCUGGUGGGGAUACCUGUCUGUUUUGUUCACGUCCCCAACUCCUAGAAUGGUGCGUGCAGUCAGACCCUGCUCUUCCAGUGUAUAUCGUCUGUAAGCGACAAUAUACUUAACAGGUAUAAUGCUCAUUUACAAAUACCUAACUUUUGGACAAAGAAUUCACACUGGAAUAAAAAAGGAAAUAAGGAUUCUAUAUGUAGUUCUCAAAUUAGAAGCUAAGUCUUAAAAUAGAAGCAAUAAGGUAAAUUAAAAUCCUAUCUACGCUGGCACGCCAUGUCUUGCCUCUCUGCCCUCACCUCUUGGGAAACAACACAACAGGCAGUAAGAAGGAAAUCUUUAUUCAGUAAAGUAUCAAAUUAAAAGAACAGGGACACAUUAAAUGGUUAAAAAUGUAACCCUAGUGAGAAAACACUGAGUAGGGUGGAGCUUUAGCAUGACCCAUAACGUUAAACAGGUUUUUAAAGCCCAUAUGGAAUAAAUAAGAACAACUAAAGAAAAUUGUAAAAAAAAAAAUGGAGGGGGAAUGAGUUGGGACCAAUGAACCAGACACUGGAAUACAGACCCAGUAUUCCAGUAAUGAAAACAGUGAGGUCCUGGUGCAUCAGUAGAUAGGCCAGUAAAAUAGAAAGAACCCAAAUACAGAGCCAAGUCCAUAUGGGGCUUCAGGUAUGAUAAAUGCAGCAUCUCACACUGGUCAGGAAAGGACAAACGGUUCAAUAAGUGAUACUGAACUAGCUGGGUAGCCAUCUGGGAUACACUCCAAAGGAAGAAAAAUUUAGAUUAAACUAAGCUGUAAAAGUUCUAGAAGAAAAUAAGGUAAAUUAUUGCUGUGGAGUGAAAGGGCAUUCUAAGUAUGACUGAAAGUCCAGAAACCACUAAGAAAGCAAAGUCAAAAGACAAUACAUUGGAAAAAUAUUCAGCUCAUUACAGUGUCAGGACUAACAUCCCUAUCCCGAGAAGGCACUCCUGCAAGUUUGUGAGAUCAGCCAGGCAGUAUGAAAUGAGUGAAAGAAGAGAAUGCAAAGAAAAUACGAAUGGUCCAAACAUUAAAGGGAGCCAACCUUGUAAUAAAAAUAAAAACUAAAGCACAUGGGAGUGUAGUUUCCGUCUAUCAUAAUGGCAAAUACUGGAGUUUUGAAUGACACCUGUGUUGUAAGUUGGUGGGUGAGCAGGCAUUGUCUGAAUUACAGGUGGGUGUGGGGGUUGUCAGCUUCCACCCAUGGAGGGCAAUGUUCUAAAAUCUUUUAAACCUACAAACACAUACGGUCUUUUAUCCCCAAAUUCUACCAAGUGCAUAAUUAUAUACAUGUGAAGUAACAUAUACGAGAUCUGGGAAAUAUCCAAAUGCCCAUUAAUAGGGGCUUGGUUAAAUGACUGCAUGUUCAUAUAAUGGAAUACCAAGCAGUUACAGAGAGAGAGAGAGAGAGAGAGAGAGAGAGAGAGAGGGAGGGAGGGAGGGAGGGAGGGGGAGAGAGGGAGAGAAUCAGCUAUCUAGUGACAUGGGAAGUCCACCAAGAAAAAUUAAGUGGGGGAAAAAAGCAAACAGUAUAUAUAUGAUGCCACUCUUGUGUAAAAAUUAGGGAAAAAUAAGACUUCACAUUGCUAUUUGUUUGUAUAUGCCUAAAACAGUAUGAAUGGAAUCAUAAGAAACCAAGACCAGAGGUUAUUUUUGGAGAGGCAGGGGUAAGGUGUGCGGUAUUGGAUACAAAGAAGACAUCACACCACCACUGAGCUUUUCUGUUUUUUGGUUUUUGAACCAUGCGAAUGUAUUACCUGCUCAAAAACCCAAAUAAAUAUACUUAAAAAGCCUCAUGACUCAAUGCAAUUCAAGAGAUGCUGAAAGUCCCCAAUAUUUAGUAGAAUGGUAAUGGACCAACAUAAAAUGACGCAGAUGUAGCACAUUCUGGGCAGGGUUUGGAGUCAGACCUCCUGGUUUCAGAUUCUGGUUUCACCACCUGGAAUUUAUGACUGUAGACUCGGGAUGUAACCUCUCUCAUCCUGAGUGUUCGUGUUUGUGAGCAGACGUGAUCGUACCUGCUCACGGCGCUGCUGUGAAGGUGAAUCCCCCACGCAAAGCCCCUCACCCAGCAGCUGCCGUCAGGAUGAGAAGGAACAGCCUCAGACUACUUAAGAUUUCCUCCUUUCUCCACAAAUUAUAAUCAAAUCCUCAUCUCUAAAAAGGAACAUUGAAAAGGGAGG